UAGAUCAGCUUCCACCUUCACGGAGGUAAAAUAAAGGAAAUUGUAUUGAACUUUACUAUGUGUUGUAAAUUAUAAUAAUGUACGAUUUAAAAAAAAAACAAUUGAGUUUGUUGCCGGCUCUUCUCAACAGAAGUUGCCUUCAGAACUGAUGGUAGAGUCUUUACAAUUAGUCAAACUUGUCGUUUUAAAAUUGCUUGUUACUUAGCCUACAUCAAAAAAAUUAUAUUUGAUUUUGAUCUAAAAAUUAUAAUAAAACUAGCGGACGCCCGCGACUUCGUCCGCGUGGAAUUCAGCUGUUCACAAAUCCCGCGGGUACCAUGGUUUUUUCCGGGAUGAAAAGUAGCCUAUGUGUUAAUCCAGAGUAAAAUCUAUUUCCAUUCCAAAUUUCAGCCAAAUCGCUUCAGUAGCCGCAGCGUAAAGAGGAACAAACAUACUUACACACUUUCACACUUAUACACAAACUUUCGCCUUUAUAAUAUUAGUGUGAUUAUCCAAUUUAUAAUAAAAAAUAUGUUUAUGGUACAAACUGAACUUUCAACUCUAUAAAAUGAUAAAUCUCUGGCCGUCACAUUCUCAUGGACCAUGAAGAACAAAUUGAUAACCCUCUCAAUUUGGAAGAGUAUACGGACCAAGAUGUUUAAUGUGUAUUUGAUAACAAUGUAUUAAAAGUAUAAACAUUGUAUAUAAAUAAACGGCACGAGAGAAUCUGUUAAUUAGCAUUAAAUUAUCCAUUGUGUGAAACGUUUUAGAAAACGUAAUACAAUUUAACGAAAUGGCUCCAAAAGAGACGGAUUAUUUAGAAAUAGCACAUCAAAGAGCUAUUGAAAAGAAAACUCACGUCAGCUUCCCGCAACUAAAGUACCCAUCACUGAGAGACAAGGGUUUGAGAGACCCUUUCCAAUGGCUACAGGGGAAAUCAAUGGACGACGGCGCGGAAGGGUUGUGGAGAGUGCAUGAUGGGUUGUACGAUUUAGAGGAGUUUAUGGAGACUCAUCCGGGUGGAUACGAGUGGUUGGAACUUACCAAGGGCACAGACAUAACCGAAGCAUUUGAAAGUCACCAUAUCAGACCGAUCGCAGAAAAAAUGUUACCACAAUUUUAUGUUCGAGAUGCAAAAACUCCAAGAAAUUCCCCAUUCACAUUCAAAGAAGAUGGUUUCUAUCGCACUCUAAAGACACUUGUGAAUGAAGAAAUAAAGAAAGUACCAAAAGAUAAGCUGAAGAACACAGAUAUGGUGACAGAUGGACUGUUUGUGACACUAGUCGUAGCAUCGACCUUGUCAUGCUGGACUACUAACUAUUGGCUCGCAGUAGGAUCUUUUAUUGUUGCAUCUGUUUCACUGGCCUGGCUAACAGUAGCUGCUCAUAACUAUAUACAUAGAAGGACUAAUUGGAGGAUGUACUAUUUCAAUUUAAGUUUAUGGUCUUUCAGGGACUUCAGAAUAUCUCAUUCGCUUUCACAUCAUCUUUAUCCUAACACUUUGAUGGACUUGGAAAUAAGCGCAUUCGAGCCUCUAAUUUUUUGGAAUCCUAGAAGAAAUGUACCCUUUUACGCCAAUUUUGCGAUUUUAUUUGAACUUCUAACCUUUCCAUUGAUGUUCAUUGCAAAUUGGAUCAAAAGGAUGUUAAUUAUCUUUUUUCGUGAUGGAAACUCUUCAAAAAACUGUGUAUACUGGCAUGAUUUCCUUGGUUUCUCGCUUCCUUUGUGGAUGUACAUUGUCAGUGGAGCCAACUUCUACGACGUGAUCACGACAUGGCUCAGUAUAAUAUGUGGGGGAAGUUUCGUCUUCUAUCUCAUAGGAUCUAACGCUGCUCAUCAUCAUCCGGAUAUAUUCGCAGAUGGAGACCAAGUCAGUGAGCCCACUAUCGAUUGGGGUAUGCACGAGCUAGAGGCAGUUAUGGACCGACCGAGCGUGAACGACAGCCACUUCAAAGUCAUGGUUUUCUUCGGUCAUCAUGCUCUCCAUCAUUUAUUCCCAACUUUAGACCACGCUGUUUUGGAAUACUUGUACCCGGUAUUUUUGAAGCAAUGCGAAAAGUACAAAGCAAACUUCAGACUGAUGUCACAGUUGGAACUAUUCAUUGGUCAGCUUAAAAUGACACUGAAAACUGAACCAAAACUUUUGUCAGAAAGAUAGUCUGCGAUAUUUUUAUCAAUGGUUAACUAUUUACUAUUUCUAAAUAAGUAUAAUAUAAUGUAUUAUAUAAUAUAAUUAAUUAUAAAAUAAAAUCUA